AUGAAAGCUCGGGUUGAACCAGCAGGUGUAGCAAAUUUAACAGAAGGUUUGAAGAUUGAUAACAAAGAUAAAGGAUUAUCAGUGGCAAAAACUGCGAUUGUAGGUAGGGAUCAGUGGUCGGGACGAUUCGACUUUAUAAUGUCGAUGAUUGCAUACGCUGUUGGCUUAGGCAAUGUGUGGAGAUUCCCAUACUUAUGCUUUAAAAAUGGUGGUGGUUCAUUUCUUGUUGCUUAUGCCAUAUUUUUCUCAUUUGGUGCUCUGCCUAUAUUCAUAUUGGAAAUCACGAUUGGACAGUAUGUUCAACGUGGUGCUAUGGAAAUGUGGAAAUUGUGCCCCUUAUUCAAAGGUAGUUUUGAAUUUAUGAAUGAUGAGAGUUGUGUUACCGGGUAUGAAAAUACAACAACGAUAACUCAGUUGAUUGCGAAUUUAUCAAAGUAUAACUUAACAGUCGAAACUAGCGUUGAACAAUAUUGGGAGAAACGUGUAUUGAUGCAAACCAAUUCGAUUGGUAAUUUUGGUGGGAUUCAAUGGGAGCUUCUAGGGAUAAUGGCGUUUUCAUGGGUUAUUGUGUACUUCGCGUUAUGGAAAGGAAUUACACGUGCUCGUAAGGUAAUAAAAUCAUUAUUAGUUUUCGGUCUUUCAAGAUUUUUUAGAAAUUUCUGA